GACAGGGGAGCAAAGUAGUACCUGUGUGUACCAAGAUGGCGGGUGUAAUAAGAUGUAGCUCAAGACCACUUCAAACUCUGCUUUCAUACUCUCGACUUUUGUCCACAAGUAGUGUGAAUAGAGUACUUAUUGAAAGAAAAGACACAAAGGAUGUAAAGAGUUUUGAAGCUCAAGAGAAAGACAUAUACCCAGUUACCGGUGUACCAGAAGAGCUUGUGAAAAGUAGAAAAGUGAUUAUAACAGUCCCUGCCAGAACAGCAAUGCAGUCUGGGACUUUCAAUACUCGGAAGUGGACAAUGGAGUUUGAUACGCAAGAGAGAUGGGAAAAUCCCUUGAUGGGAUGGGGAUCAACAGCUGACCCACUGUCUAACAUGGAACUGCAGUUUGAUACAAGGGAAUCUGCCAUUGCCUAUGCUGAAACUCAAGGUUGGAAAUAUGAAGUAGAUGAGCCAAAGACGACAUCAAUCAAACCAAAAAGCUAUGGUGCCAAUUUUUCAUGGAACAAGCGCACCCGAAGCUCUACAAAAUAGAAUGCUUAAAGACUAUGUGAAAUAAUUGACUCAUUUGUUUGAUGUUUGUUUGGUAAUAAAAUUUCAUUGUAUAUCGAUUCGUAAGCUGUGUGUACAUGAUAAAUUGUCUUGAAAGUGA